AUGGGGAGUCCAGUCGCUCCUCUAGUCGCCAACAUCUGGAUGGAACAUUUCGAGGAGAUAGCCAUGUCAACGGCAAAGGCUGUAACUACGAUUAAACUGUGGAAGAGGUAUGUAGAUGACGUAUUUGCCAUCAUAAAGGGGGACAGUGAUAGUGCAACGAAUUUCUUAAAUCAUUUGAACAGCAUCCACAGAAAAAUUAAAUUCACCUGUGAAAUGGAGAAGAACAGAAAAAUGGCAUUCCUUGAUGUUGAAAUUGGAGUACGUAUGGACGGCUCUGUGAGCCAUACUGUCUACAGGAAAACAACGCAUACCGACCGAUAUCUUCAUGCUAACUCACACCACCAUCCUCGACACUUAAACGCUGUAGUAGCAUCUUUGACCAAUCGCGCAUAUGACCUUUGUGAUGAAGACCACCUACAAUCUGAGCUAGCACACGUUGAAAAGGUCCUACAGCGGAAUGGAUAUAAAGUGGGAAACACAGCUACACGGGAUCAUAAGUUACUGCGACAGUACAGGGUUGAAAGACAACCAGCAUUUAUGCCAUAUGUUAAAGGAGUGACAGAUAAGAUAGCUAGAGUCCUGGGCAAAUAUGCGGUGAAGACUAUCUUCACUCCUUUCAAGAAGAUAGGGCAAAUGUUGCGUUCACCUAAAGAUAGCUUUCCCCUGGAAAAACCCGGAGUUUACAAAAUCGACUGUAGUUGUGUCGAAGAACGUCCACUGCUGGACAUAGGCAACGACAGGUCUUGUGCAGCCCGAAACCAGCGGCUUCCCGCGACCUUCACCAGGUCGUCGGACCAGCUUGAAGAGCCAACGCUGCUUAAAUAA